AAAGCUGAAGAGCGGAGUGGGAACAGGAGGGGGCAGAGGGGAGACGCGCGCGAGUCACAGUGCUGGCGGCGCGCGCCUGCUGUCAGUUGUGUUGAGCCGCGCUAGCACGCAGAGCCCCAGUGUGUGGCUCGCGAGCGGAUGUUCCGGGAGGUCUCUGCGGCAGUGGCGUUCUGGUGUGACAGAAAUAGGCAGACUUUUGUAGUGCUUUCUUUCCCCCUUUUUUUCUCCCCUUCCUUCUCGGCUGCUGCUAAGCAAAGAAGGGGAACCUCUCUUCGGGCAAAGCUUUGAGAGGCACCGACUGGUCCAGAUAGUAGCGGAGAAGACAAGUUGUCGGUGGAGUCUCCCACCCACUGGUGUCGCGGCCAGCCGCUUUCCGGACGGGGCCGGCGGUGGCCGCUGAGGCGACAUGCCCGCGGUGCAGAAAACCGUGUCGGAGCUGCGCUCUCGGGCAGAGGGCUAUGAGAAGACAGAUGAUGUUUCAGAGAAGACAUCGCUAGCUGAUCAGGAGGAAAUGAGAACUAUAUUUAUCAAUCAACCACAGUUCUCUAAAUUUUGUAACAAUCAUGUCAGCACUGCAAAAUACAACUUAAUCACAUUCCUGCCGAGGUUCCUCUAUUCCCAGUUCAGAAGAGCUGCUAAUGCCUUUUUUCUUUUCAUUGCAUUGCUUCAGCAAAUUCCAGAUGUUUCUCCAACAGGACGUUAUACAACCUUGGUUCCUCUCUUAUUUAUUUUAUUUGUAGCAGCACUUAAGGAAAUAAUAGAAGAUAUUAAAAGGCACAAAGCUGAUAAUGCGGUGAACAAAAAACAAACACAAGUACUGAGAAAUGGAGCUUGGGAAAUUAUCCACUGGGAAAAGGUAGAUGUUGGAGAAAUAGUUUUAAUAAAAGGCAAAGAAUAUAUACCUGCUGACACUGUACUUCUCUCAUCAAGUGAACCACAAGCUAUGUGCUACAUUGAAACAUCAAAUUUAGAUGGUGAAACUAAUCUAAAAAUACGACAGGGUUUACCAUUGACAUCAGAUAUGAAGGACAUUGAGAGCUUGAUGACACUUUCAGGCAAAAUUGAAUGUGAAAGUCCUAACAGACAUCUUUAUGACUUUGUUGGAAAUAUCAGACUGGAUGGGCAUGGCACUGUUCCACUGGGACCUGAUCAAAUUCUUCUGCGUGGAGCUCAGCUAAGAAAUACACAAUGGGUUCAUGGAAUAGUUGUCUAUACAGGGCAUGAUACAAAACUCAUGCAGAACUCAACAAGCCCACCUCUUAAGCUAUCCAAUGUGGAAAGAAUUACAAAUAUCCAAAUUCUAUUUUUGUUCUGCAUUCUUAUUGGUAUAUCUUUGAUUUGUUCCAUUGGUUCAGCUAUAUGGAAUCAAAGACAUGAGGAGAGGGACUGGUAUAUCAAUUUAAAUUAUGGUGGAGCGAAUAAUUUUGGAUUGAAUUUCCUGACAUUUAUCAUUCUCUUCAAUAAUCUCAUUCCAAUCAGUUUAUUGGUUACUCUAGAAGUGGUUAAAUUUAUCCAAGCUUAUUUCAUAAACUGGGAUAUUGACAUGCAUUAUGAACCUACAGACACUGGUGCUAUGGCUCGUACAUCCAAUCUCAAUGAAGAACUUGGCCAGGUCAAAUACAUAUUUUCUGACAAAACUGGUACCCUGACUUGCAAUGUAAUGCAGUUUAAGAAGUGUACUAUUGCAGGAAUAGCUUAUGGCCAUUCUCCUGAAUCUGAGGAUUAUAGCUAUCCUUCAGAUGAUUGGCAGAGUUCACAAACCAGAAAAGAAAAAAUAUUUAGUGAUUCGUCGUUAUUGGAAAACCUCCAAAACAAACAUCCAACUGCUCCCAUAAUUUGUGAAUUUCUAACAAUGAUGGCAGUGUGCCAUACAGCAGUUCCAGAAAGGGAGGGUGAUAAGAUAAUUUACCAAGCAGCAUCUCCAGAUGAAGGAGCAUUGGUUAGAGCAGCCAAGCAUCUUCAUUUUGUUUUCACUGGAAGAACACCAGACUCCGUAAUUAUAGAAUCUCUUGGACAGGAAGAAAGAUAUGAAAUGCUGAAUGUCCUAGAAUUUACCAGUACUAGGAAAAGAAUGUCUGUGAUUGUCCGCACGCCUACUGGAAAGUUAAGACUCUACUGCAAAGGGGCUGACACAGUAAUUUAUGAUCGCCUGGCUGAAAAUUCAAAAUAUAAGGACAUUACCUUGAAACAUUUAGAGUUGUUUGCUACAGAAGGUUUGAGAACACUUUGUUUUGCUGUUACUGAGAUUUCAGAGAGUGACUACCAAGAAUGGCUAAAUGUCUAUCAAAGAGCUGCAACAUCUGUACAAAACAGAUCAUUAAAACUUGAAGAGAGUUAUGAACUAAUUGAAAAAAAUCUUCAGUUACUUGGAGCUACAGCCAUAGAAGAUAAAUUACAAGACCAAGUGCCUGAAACAAUAGAAACUCUAAUGAAAGCAGAUAUCAAAAUUUGGAUCCUUACUGGAGAUAAGCAGGAAACUGCGAUUAAUAUUGGUCAUUCAUGUAAACUCUUGAGAAAGAACAUGGGUCUAAUUCUCUUAAAUGAAGGCUCUCUUGAUAUGACAAGAGAAGUAUUAAGUCAUCAUUGCAGCACUUUUGGUGAUGCGCUGAGGAAGGAAAAUGAUUUUGCUCUUAUUAUUGAUGGUAAAACACUGAAGUAUGCCCUGACAUUUGGCGUAAGGCAGUAUUUCCUGGAUUUGGCUCUGUCAUGUAAAGCUGUUAUUUGUUGCAGGGUUUCCCCUCUUCAGAAAUCUGAAGUUGUAGAAAUGGUUAAAAAACAGGUAAAGGUAGUAACACUGGCAAUUGGUGAUGGAGCUAAUGAUGUUAGUAUGAUACAAACAGCACAUGUUGGUGUUGGCAUUAGUGGAAACGAAGGGCUACAAGCAGCUAAUUCUUCAGAUUAUUCAAUAGCUCAGUUCAAGUACUUGAAGAACUUACUCUUGGUCCACGGAGCCUGGAAUUAUAGCAGAAUUGCUAAAUGCAUUUUAUACUGCUUCUACAAGAACAUCGUCCUAUAUAUAAUUGAGAUAUGGUUUGCCUUUGUUAAUGGAUUUUCUGGACAAAUAUUAUUUGAAAGAUGGUGCAUAGGACUUUACAAUGUGAUGUUUACAGCUAUGCCCCCGCUUACACUUGGAAUAUUUGAGAGAUCCUGCCACAAGGAAAAUAUGCUGAAAUACCCUGAAUUAUACAAGACUUCUCAAAAUGCCCUGGAUUUCAACACAAAGGUUUUCUGGGUUCAUUGUUUAAAUGGCCUCUUCCAUUCAGUGAUUCUGUUUUGGUUUCCACUAAAAGCUAUCCAGUAUGAUACUGUAUUUGCCAAUGGUAAAACUUCAGAUUAUUUGCUUUUGGGGAACAUAGUUUAUACAUUUGUGGUUAUAACUGUGUGUUUAAAAGCUGGAUUAGAGACUUCAUAUUGGACAUUGUUUAGCCAUAUAGCUAUAUGGGGCAGCAUUGCACUGUGGGUAGUGUUUUUUGGAAUCUACUCUUCUUUGUGGCCUCUCAUUCCUAUGGCACCUGAUAUGUCUGGUGAGGCAGCUAUGUUGUUCAGCUCAGGAGUCUUCUGGAUGGGCUUACUGAGUAUUCCAGUGACAGCUCUGGUCUUUGAUGUAGCAUAUAAAGUAGUCAAGAGAGCAGCAUUUAAGACACUGGUAGAUGAGGUUCAGGAGUUGGAAGCAAAAUCUCAAGAUCCAGGAGCUGUUGUUCAUGGGAAAAGCUUAACUGAAAGAGCUCAGUUGCUGAAAAAUGUCUUUAAGAAAAACCAUGUCAAUCUGUACCACUCUGAGGCUUUGCAACAAAACCUGCUUCAUGGUUAUGCUUUUUCUCAAGAUGAAAAUGGGAUUGUUUCACAAUCUGACGUAAUAAGAGCCUACGAUACGACAAAGCAAAGACCUGAUGAAUGGUGAAGGAAAACAGCAUCACAGAGCUCUAAUAUUUGCCAUAGUAAGGCAAACUAAUAUAUUUUUUCUGGAUCUGCUAAGAAGGUCCAGCAACAGAGAUCAGAGGAAGAUGUAUGUUGUUGCUCUUAUUUCCUGAAGUUUGAAAUCACAUAUUGAGUAGACAUAAGCACUGUGCAACUAUACUGUAUAACACACCAUCUCUAAAUUUUUCGCCAAAUGGUAACUCGGAUUUUGUAAACAGAGAAUGAAAACUACCUUCAGUCUUUCCAGAGUGCAUAUUUACAGUGAGGCUGAAUAAAUAUUGUUCCUAUACAUAUAUCCGGAACAUAAUGAAUAGUCAGAUUACCCAGCAUAGCUUACAUUGGCAAUCACAGCCUUUGCAAGGGUUUAUAAUGGUGAAGUAUUUAAAGUACAGUUUAACAAGCCUUUGAUUUCAACAAGUGCUAAAGAACCAUUUUUAAAUGACAUUAACUCAUGUGUUGAAGCAGAUUUCAAAGCAAGGCAUUUUUAGGGAAGUGUCAAACUAGCCUACAAAGGUUUGCCAAAGAAAUUCCAUAAAAUGUAUUUCUUAUUUUAGUAUUCAAUUGCAGAAAUGUUAAGGGAUGGCAUUGGCAAUGUCAAGUGUGAUGUCAGAAUUGCAUGCUUGAUACUCUGUACUUGAAAAAUUUUACAAUAAUGUGAACCUGAUACAGUUUGCUUUUUAUUGCAUUUAUUUUUAGAUCUGUGAUCACUUGCACCUUUGGCCUUAUACAAACUUUUAUUUUAGUCAUGUUUAUUUAAUGGAAAUGUGUACAUUUUAAUACAGCAGCCAUUUUCUAUGCGGGGGCGUGUAUCUUUGAGACUUGUUUGAAUUAUAGACACUGCUCUGCCUUAUAUCCCUUCCUUAUGUUUAAGGGCCCUAAUCCAGAGAUACUUGCACAUGGGAACCACCUGUGUUCAAAGAUGCUCCCCUACCAUUACACCCAAACUUAGGAUCAACACUUUCAUUUCUGAUGGAUUGAUUUCCUGUUGAGGAAAGAGGGGGAAAGGGAGGUGCCUUGAUUCAAUUUCCCUUCCUCCAAACAGGUGAUAAAGACUGUCAGAGAUGACAGUGUCAGCCAUGUAUUUGACUAUGCACACACAAUGCAGGAGCACUGGGCAUGCAUCCCACAUAGGGUUUUUCUCCAUGCAGCAUAAAAAAAGGAUCUAAAUCAGAAUGAUCUACCAUGAACAAAAGCCUGUUUCGAUGUUCAGAUUGGCCUAACUAGACUGGGGUGCAAGUGUUUGAAAAUGCUUGUUUUUAUUUAGUAUUAGUCAUCAAAGUGUUUUAUGUGCAACUUGCACAUACAACACAGUAAUUACCUUUAUGAUUUUCACUAUCUAAAAGAACAAAGAGCACAUGUCACCAGCUCAUCACCAUGCUAUAUUCUGUAUCAACUAUAUUCAGUGUCUGACAUCCUAACUAACAAAUGUGUGUGCUUUGAGCCCCUGUGGACCAUAGCACUAGUCCCCAUGCUGCUCCCCGGCUCCUCUAGCACAGUGAUUCUCAACGUUUUUGGAGUCAUGGACCAGUACAUUCUUUGUGUGCAGUUUCCCAGACCAACAGUUAUUAAAGGGGUUGCCCCCUCACCCCACCCCCAGACACCCCCCAAAACAAUUUUGAGUCGGUGGAGGCCCAGGACAUCAUGCGCAAGGGGGGCAGGGCCCAGGGCCUCAGCAAGCUCCCCGGAGCUCAUUUCUAGGCAGGCAGCCCUCGCUGCUGGGAUUGUGUUCAUUUCAAGGAAGCAAAAGCAGUGAGGGCUGCUUCCAGAGAGUUCCUGGCAGCAGCAGCCCUCACCACCUUGAAAUUGUUGUGUUUGUGUUGGCGGGGGGGGUUAAUUCAGCAUGAACCAGUAUGGACUGGCACUCAACUCCUCAUCGACCAGCACCAGUCCACGGACCAGUGACUGAGAAACCACUGGUCCGUGGCUCUAACACACAUGCAGUUGUGGAAGAGAACUCCUCCCCAUAUACUGGGACAGCUCUGAAAAAUCAGGAACAUGUGUACUAUGCAUUUGCAAUCUUACAGAGUAGAUCUGGAGUGCAAAGAAAGCUCCAAACUUCUAGUCCUCUUCCACACAAACAUACAUUCUAGAGGACCCAGGGACUAGCAUAGGGCCUCAUGGUGCAUGCCCUCAGGCGCUCAAAGCACAUGUGCUUCAUUAGUCAGAAUGUCAGCCAGUGUGUGCUGUCCCCAAAUUUGAUUUUGAUUAGAUUGUGCUGCAUUUUGAAGAUUGCAGCCAAUAAAUUACUGGUCUGUAUUUUUCUUAAAUAUAAAUCUGCAUAUAUAUGCUACUAAUCAAAGUAAAGUGUUCAUUUUCUAACUAGUAACAAAGGACUUCCCUCUUCACAACCACUAUUAUUUAAUUGCUUUUAAAUAUGUCAGUUGUGUAAAAUCAGGAUGAGAAGACAUAAUCUGAUAUAUUUAUAUGUGCCUCACUGCUAUAGGUUUUAAAAACUAUUUCAGUAUGUUAAUAUUUUAAAAAUAUUUUAUGUAAAAGAUUCCACCUCUGACUUUAGUGCCCUGUAUAACUGUUUUACCUGUCUAAAGAUAUGUAUAAGUAUUUUGGUAAGUACUGUACUGGUGUAUGAUGGUUCCCACAUGAGGUCAAAGUUAAAAAGCCACGCAUAGUAGGAACAUUUCAUAUGUUUAUGGUUCACUGUUGCACCCACUUAUAGUAGCAAGGAUACCAAUAAUAGUUAAAUGCAAGAUAUUGGGGGGGCAGUGUCUAGUUAAAAACAGCCCUUGUUGCCAGUCUUAUAGCCAGAAAUUGCCUUCAGGAAAAUUACUUCAGGCACAAAUAAUGAAUGAACAAGGAGGGGCAAAUCAAUUGACCUAAAGCAAGGGGGGGCGGAUCAAGGCAUACUCUUUCUAACACUUGGUCAAUUACUAUAUGUUGUCUAUGAGACACAGCCACUUCAAAAGAUUUCUAAAGGCGACAAUUACAAAUGAAAAUAUGCUAGCAUAGUUGUAAAAAAUUGUAAUUAUUUUUAUAAUAAAUAAAUAAAGGGAGUUGGUUGAGAGAAAGAUUGCAAAUCAGAAGAAACGAUGUGUUCUUUCACGUAUUUUGUUCUUCCCUCCUGGGUCUGAUACAGCCUCUGUCAGAAGUUAUCAUCUGUAAUGGGGAGAGGGGGUAUCCUCAACUAUCCAGCAAGUGUAGAGUUGACAAGCACCACAAAAAUUCUGGGUGCUGGAUCAGGUGUGUGCCCCUAAACUUUCUCUGCUGUUUCCCAUUCCAGGAAACAAUUGUUGCAUGCAAAUUAUGCAGAGAAAUGGUCUGCACCUAGAAAAUAUUUUCAUCCACAGGGAAACCUGUUUUCUCACACAUAUUGCCCUUGCUGGAUCAAGUUGAAGACAUAAAUAUUGCAUUAGUCCAAGAUAGGAAAGUUCCAUGACACCCCUCCCCCUGCAUUUAGUGUCAAAAGCGACACACAAUAAUCACUCAUUUUAACUCUCUCUUUGCUGCCAAUUAGCUAUUAGCACAUUUCCUUUACCAUAUUAUUUUAAACUGGCAUAAAAUGUACUGUUAUAUAUUUUAUCAUAUUUUUCUUUGAAAAGAAGGGUAACUAUAUCACAGUGCAACUUGUUCAGCAUGUCUUUGUUAUUAAUUCUGAAGGAGUGUCCAAUUAAAUCUGAAGGAGCGUCCCACAUUUUAAUGUUUACCCAUCUAUAUUACCUUAACCCAAGUUUUGUUUUAUACAUAGUUUUUCAUACAUUGGAUGUAAUUUUUCCUAAUAACAGUCAGUAUGAUACAUGAGAUUUAUAAUAACAGUGUGAUGAUUGUGUAUAUGUAUUGCUUUUAAUAGUAAAAAAAAUUCUGAUGUUAGAAUUCAACUUAAAUCUUUUAAGUUCCUCAAAAACAUAUGCCCAAGUAAACCAGAUUUAUUUGAACAAAAGUCAAGAUAGGUGUAUGGUACAUAAGUUGUUUGCAAACAGAUAUUUCAUAAUAAAAGAAUAUAUAAAUGGUUUAUUACAUUAUAAUAUAGAAAUAUCUAUUAUAAUAUAUAUUUGGGGCCAUUGGUUGGCAGGCAUAUAUUUUAAUAAAAAUGCUAUAAUUGAAGUUACAGUAAUUAACUAAAAUGCACUUGUUUUGAAAAUUUAAACUUUUACAUUUCCCUUAGUAACAUCCAAAAAGAAAGUUGUAUGUUUUGUAUGUAUUAAGUGCAUUUUGUAACAAUUUCAAACAAAUGUUUAAAAAUUAGUUCUUCAAUUGAAUGAAAAUGGUGCCAUUCAAAAAUUAAUAGAACUUCCACACAUCUGUAUUAUUUCUAAUUACUUGUAAGAAUGUAGUACCUAACCAAAAGUUGGCUAAUUGGAAACACUUUGAGAAGCCAUAAGUGGACUUGUUUUUCUUAGUGUUAGGUUUAUUUUUGCAAACACUUUUUGACAAAUUUCUAAUUAAACAACUUGCUAGUUGUAUAAAAAUAGAAGAAAUGUUUAAACAACUGUAACAGUGAAAGAUUCAUAUUACACUUGGGAAGUCUCACAUGGGAAGAUCUUUUUUAUCAUUUGAUUAAUGUUAAAUUACUUGCUAGAAAAUUGGACCAUAUAUUUUGCACCCCUCUUUCUCUACUGAUUUACGUAUUGUGCAAAAGUAAUUCUCAUUUGGGUAUGUUUUAUCAAUCUGUGCAUGAGCUAAUACAUCACAAUGUGAAUCUGAACUGAUGCAUGCCUGUGCUGUAAAGCUCUUUUCCCCCCUUCAGUCGGAAACAUGCAUCAAAUCAUAUGUAUUUAGUAAGCAAAAGUAAGUGUUGGAUAAACAACUCAGCUGACCAGUUUAAUUUACUAGUACUGAAUGUAAACUCAGAAAAUCUUACACAUGUUGAUUGGUGUUGAUAGCAUUCCAAAAUUUAAGUAAGAGUCUUUAGCAAAAUUGGAUUACUCAGUCAGUAUGACUACUGUGGAAAUUGACAGCGUUUGGUCUUGUGUUUUGUAGGUUUUUUCAACACGGACUUUUGCAUCCAUUCACUAUUUUGUAAUUGCAAAACUGACUCACAUGUAUAGAAGUAAAAUCAUGUUUCAGUUUUUUUUCCUCCUCUACAAUUGAAGCCAUAAUGCAUUAAUGUUGGUUAGAAAACUGCAACUUGAUUUGUAAGGCAGGCGUUAUAUAAAAGUAAAGACUACAUUCAAGGUAAGGUAGGACUUUUCCAGCUCCACUGAACCAUUACUGCUGAAACUACUGUGGAAAUUGUGAAGCUGCAUGAAUGGAGAGAUUUUGACUCAGUGUUUAUGGUAGUUUUCCUCAGGUUUAGUUUUAACUGGAUGUUAAAUGCACUGUUUUAUAAUGUUAUUAAAUUUUAGUAAUAUAUUCAGUUCUAUGCAGUGUUACAUGUCAUUGGCAUUUUGUGAAUGUGCAUGUUUUGAACUGCAAAUUUUAAAUGUUUUGUCUUUUAAUUGUUAAAAAAUAAAUCUUGCCAUUAAAUAAACUCUUAAGUUGUGUCUACAUCUUAAAA